AUGUGGAAAACCCUUUGCGUCUACGCCAUUCGAAAGGAAAGUAACCGCUCCAAUACAGGAUGGCUGAAUUCUCUCCCCACACCCACUUCUCUUUGUUCAGCCCAGCCCGUGCAUGGCCGUGGAGACACCUUCCAAGUAACGCCCACUCCGGAUUAUGACCUGGAGGAAGAGGAGAAGGAAACUCCUCAUGAUGACAUCCUUGACAUCAACCAAGGACUGAUUCCGCUAGAGGCACCUGAGCACAGUUUCCUGCUUGAAGGCGAUAUCAUCAAGGUGAGCCCCUUCAGGAGAUUCUCCGCUGCCAGUCCGAGGUGGCCGAAGAGGAAAGGAAUUGUCCAAAUUCCCUAUAUCAUCUCCUAUAAAUACGACAGACAAAGCGUGAAGAUCAUCAAGGAAGCAUUUGAAGACUUUGCAAAAUUCACUUGCAUUCAGUUCGUCCCUUAUUCCUACCAGAGAGAUUUCAUCUCCAUCGUUCCACUCUCUGGCUGCUUCUCCAGCGCGGGACGCAUCGGAGGCAUGCAAGUGGUGUCCCUGGCUCCAGACUGCCUGAAGAAUGGCAAAGGAGUGGUUUUACAUGAGUUGAUGCAUGUCUUGGGCUUCUGGCACGAACACUCCAGGGCUGACCGAGACAAAUACAUCCACAUUUCCUGGAAUGAGAUCUUGACUGGUUUUGAAAUUAACUUCAUCAAGAACUGGAAUACCAACAUGCUGGACGAUUAUGACUAUUCCUCCAUUAUGCAUUACGGGAGGAAUGCCUUCAGCAUGACUGGCUUACCAACCAUCGUCCCACUUUCCAGUCCUCCUGCGCUCCUUGGCCAAAGAUGGAACCUGAGUAUUUCGGACAUUGCAAAAAUCAACAAACUCUACAAAUGUUCAGAGGUGGCAGCCCAGCCAGAAGCGGUGCCUGAGGAAGCCAUCAAAGAGAAGGUUAUGGACUUCAUCCCUGUUCAACCUGAGCCCUGUUCUGCUAAAAGCAAUUUAGCCAGUCCUGUUGUUAGAAAGACUACAGAACCCAUCUUGUCAUCCCAAAAGACCGUUGGUGAAGAUCUAAGCAGAGUAGCAGGUCAGUUGAGGAGAACAGAGGUGGCAGAACAGAGCGUGGUGGUAUCUGCCAUGACCUCUCACACAAGAGAAGCAAGCAGAGAACUUCAGAUGCCUUCAAAACAUGUGCUGGAAACAACGCAAACUAGACAGAUGAAGACAAAGGCAACAGGCAAUGUUGUUGAGAAAUCUCCUGCAUCGUGGACUUCCCAGAAUCCAAGCACUGGAUGGCAGCUGAGAAACCAAUAUCUGAAAGCAUAUACACCAACUGAGCAAAGCCCCAUGGAAACAAGAGUAACGGCUUCUCCAGAGAUGGAGAGGAAGACAUCUUCCUCUCAGGCCAAAGGUUCUGUCCUUCCUUCAGUGGAAAAAAUCCAUGGAGCUACAACGACACUUGGUCAGAAGGAAGCUAGUGUGGAAGUUUCUGGCUCAAAAGCCAGCAUUCUGGAACCUACAGGAGAAGGAGAACUGUCUACAGCUGUGGAGUUGACAGGCUCGUUGGACAUGGGAAGUAAUGAGACAGAUGUUGGAAUGGGUUCUCCAAGGUCUCCCCCAUCUGUGGUGGAGAAACACUCCAAGGGACAAUCGACGAGGGCUUUCCAUCAAGCUGUAACUGCUUCUAUGAAUGAAACAGGCAGCCCAGCUUAUGUACAUCCAGUGGAGAAUGUCUUGACUAUCGUGGCCAGCUCUUUAUCUAGCUCUAGUAUCCUCAGGAACCCAACCACCAUCUCCAGCCGUGUGGAACUGGGAGAAAAAUCUCAAGGCACUGAAGUGGAAGUUCUAGAAAACAUUGUCACCGUUUCUGGCCUAGGGAGGAGGGAAGUAGACGCAGGAAGUUCACACCAUGAGAAAUCAACUGCGCUUCCUUAUAUUCAGCCCCCCAGCGUGAAAAAUAUACGCGAACAUGGAGACGUUCUACUUCCUAGAAAGGAGACGCCAGUUCCUGAAAUUCUGGAAGCUCAAACACAAUCCAUGGGUUGGUUCACUUCUGGAGCACCAUCGUCUCUUCAGGGAGUGGUCACUGUCCAUCCUGAUGCUUCAGAGUUAAAGGAGAAUGGUUCUUUGGAUGAUAGUCCUACUAGGAUAGCAGAAUCAUUUUCACCGCUACCACCUCACCUGGCAAGAAAUGGUUAUGAAUGGGGGGAAUCCAUUACAGGUAAGCCUCCUGGAACCGUUUCCUCCUGGCAUGUUACAGAAAGGCGAGUGGAAGUUGACCACGCAGAGUUGCCAAGCCAAAUUCCCACUUGGGGGAAAGCAGCUUUCUUAGCAAUCAAAACCAACGUGGCUGUCCAACCUACAGAGCAAAGCUCUAAGACAGCAUCAGGACCAGGGGACAAUAGGUCAUGGUCCCAAACGAGCAGCGAUGAGAGUCAUCCUUGGAGGUCCGUCACUGUGGGAUGGUCUCCAUCUGCAGAUGUCAAAAGACAAACACUAGGGAAGACUACAGAAACAGCAUCAAUGAAGACCUUUGAGAGGUUACCGAUGACUCCAAAGAUUGAUCUGGACCACAGGGAAAGACUUAGAAGAACCACUUUGGUGAGACAAUUUCCCACUGGACCAUCUGGGAGCCAAGUGUCCACCCAACAUGAACAAGGGGAUGAAGAAACUCCAAGUCAACCGUCUUCUACUUUGUCAAGAAUAGCUGGAGCUGAACAUCAUGAGAUUCAAGACAGCAGUUCUACUAAUAAGCUGAGGGCAAUGGUGUCCCCAAAACCAUGUGGUAAGAAAUUAGCAGUGUCUGUAUCUAGAACAUUGACUUCACCUAUGGGGUACACCACUGAGAAAUUCAGCUCUUUAAAUAGGCAAUUUAAAUUGGGGAUUACUGGCAAAAGAAGUCCAAGGCCAAGAAUUCAAGAAUCUGGUCCUACUUCAAGUAGGAUAUUUCAGCUAGGGGGAGAAAGAAAUACUUCUCCCAGAAAUUGGGGUGGUUUCACGAAGCCAGGAGGUAGAAAUGGAACCAGUAAUUCCACAGAACAUCUUGAAGAAGAGACUUUAUCAGUGAAAACGAAUGAAUUCACACAAACAACUACAACGAAAAGGGCUCCAGAGAUUACUGUGGUAAGUGACACCAGGCCUGUUGCACCACUAACAGUUGGUUCUUCCCAUUUCUUCACCAUCUUGGCUCAUGACAAGCCAACUCUGAAUAGAUCCCAAAGCCGUUUUCACUUGGGGGGCACAGAUUCCGUAACGCGUCCCGAAAGCUUGCCUACACGAUCUCUAGAACUUGCCACAGAAACAGAACUUCCCUUCCAGCUUAAUCAAACUGUCCCUUCUGCAGAAGGAAGAUCUCUCGUGCCAGCCAGUUCAACAGCAGGAUUGACGAUGGGUGGGAUGAGCUUGGCCACGGCUCGUGUUCAGGAAGGUACAUCUGGGAGACAUAGCACAGGGCUUCCUUCAUUAGAAAGGCAACCAACGUCUCUAGAAGAAACAGCUCCACCAUCAGUCACAGGUUCCUUACUAUCUCCUGAGCCUGUGAACCUUAAAGAGGGAUCUGUUGGUGGCCAUCUUGGAACAGCUACUUCAUCGGUUCCAAGGAACACAUCCCUUGUGGGCACUACAGUUGCACUAUCUACUGAUUUAUCCAGUACCAUCAUUCUGGAAAACCAGACUAUUAUGCAAUAUGAUUCAAAACAGAUCACAGGCAUCCCUUCCAAACCAAGUGAAGAGAUGCCAGUGGAGACCAACGGUAGCACCUUGGCUUCCACGGAAACCCACAGGACAUCUCAUGCUGGAUUUUCUACCAGGGGGUCCCAUGAGGAACACACCAAGCUCCUACAGUUUGAGUCUGGACCACAAACUAAAGCGAAACCUUCAGAGGAAAUCACUGGGCCAAUAUUGGAUGGAAAAACUUCAACCCUCUUUCUGGAGGAGACAUGGAAGAUCUUUACGAAAGAGAACGAUGCCUACAGAUCAGAGGAGCCAGCUGCUGCUAAACUCACAAGGAUUAGCUCAAAAGCAUCUGAAGAAAGUCAUAUCGGCACAACAGGAGCCACCGGUCUUGGUGUGAAGUCCUCAUCUCACUUAAUUCCCACUAAUCCCUCCAAGGAAACAGAAAAAUCCACAAUCUUCAAUGAGAAGAAUGUACAUCGCACUAGUGGUCCUUUUAGUGAAUCAUAUUCUGUUGCUUUGAUGCCUCCCCAUUCAAACGUUCCAACAUCAAAAGUGAUACCUUCUGUUUCGGAUGUCUAUCACCCUCGUGAUAUAGAGAAGGUGGAAGCUGCAGAUGUGUACCAUAAGGUCACAAAGUUAUCUAAAGAGGCUUUGGUGCCUUCUGGAAUAUCUCUGCCCCAGAUCCAGACUCUUGGCUCAGCUGAAACAGGAAGGAGAUCUUCUACGACGUAUGGCAUCAAAGGUCUGGAAAAGGCCACGGAGACUCCCACAAGAGUGAAAGACGGAGAACUCUUUCCUCUUGCAACAGAAUUGUCCCGACAAAUCUCUGAGACCCAAGUUGCAACGACCCUGGAACAGAUGACUAGGAGCCAGAAGAACGAAAGGAGCCUAGAAGAAAAUGAAUCUUUUCUUGCAAGUAACCCUAUCCGUCUCCAUCAUGUCAACAAGAGAUCUCUGCUGGGAAUAAUGGCAACUCCACCUCCUUUCAUAUUGUCUUCACCAGCUCCUGACUCUAAGUUGGGACACUCAAAUAUUGGACAAGUAAACCCCAGAAGACUGAGAGUCAAGAAAUUGUUCCCAAAGAAGCAUAUGUGUAAAAUCAUGGCUUCUUCAGGUGGGACCGUACAACGGCUGCUUCUUCCUGGAUAUUUACGAGGAUACCUGAGUCAUCCUGGCAUCGGUCAGGAUGUGGCCCUUUCAAUAGAAAACAUGACGAAAGUGACACAGCCUGAGAACCUUAUAUUGAGGUCCACUUUGAAGUCCAAGUUAUGGAGUCUUCUCCGAAAGUUGUCCCCUUCUGAGAAAAAGAGAGGAAAUAAACCAGAGCUCAACCAGAGAACAACAGGUGACAUUUUGAUAUCCUGCUCCUUCAAGGAGAACUUGUGUGGCUGGAAGCAAAGACAAAAUGACAGCCUGGACUGGACGCUUGAAAAGGAAGAAGAGAAGAGCUCGGAGUCCAUGGAAGUCUCUGGAAAACAUUUCAGGAGCUUAGACGGUUAUAUCUCCCUAAAGCCUUCAGGUCAUCUCCCAAAGCAAAGGGCUGUUUUGAUCAGCCCCGUUGUGUAUGGCAUCCGAUGUCUCCAAUUUUGGUACAGAUCGACAGACUGCGCUGCAGGCAAAAUUAACUUCUACACAAAGUGUCUGAAUUCCACCAAAUGGCAUAAAGUGACGUCAGUGAAGGGAAAGCAAGAUAUUGGCUGGCAUCAAGUGGCCGUAUAUAUUUCUACAACUUGGGCAUUACAGGUAGCGCUUGAAGGUAUUGUCGGCAACGAAGUAAGAUGCAAAGUUCAAAUCGAUGAUCUGUCUCUCUGUCAGAAGCCCUGUGGGCAAUGUUUACAAUAGAAUGGUCCGCCUUCUGUGUCACAAAUUAAUUCAAAUAAAUAUAAAGCAUAUGGCAACCUUG